CCCACCCCCUCUCCCAUUGCGUGUUUCCUGACGCCACCGUCUGUAUUUAUCUACCGCCGUUCCCCAUCGGGAGUCCUCCAUUCCGUCGAUCCCGUCAAGCUCCUGAUCCCGCGUCCCCUCCGCGCCUCGCUCUCCGGAGAGAUCAGUACACUUCUUCGCUCGCUCGAUGGCCCAGACUGUUGUACUCAGGGUUGGCAUGUCCUGUGAAGGCUGUGUUGGAGCUGUUAAGCGAGUUCUGGGCAAAAUGGAAGGUGUUGAGUCUUACGAUGUAGACAUCAAGGAGCAGAAGGUCACGGUGAAGGGUAACGUAACACCUGAUGCAGUUCUGCAGACUGUUUCGAAGACGGGCAAAAAGACUUCGUUCUGGGAUGCUGAGCCUGCAACCAACCAAUCCACCGCACCUGCUGAUGCUACUGCUUGACAAGUUGGAUGUAACAAAUUCCAGUGUAAUUGUCUGGUAAAACUACAAAUGUGUGGGGUCUGAUGGUAUUUAGCUUCACCAUAUUACAAAUAAUGCCAGACUGCUAUUAAAAUUUGUACAUCCUGUAUGCCCGCUAUUCCUAGCCUGUAAUGGUUUAACCAGUUUGGGAUGAUAAUGGAGAGUUGCUUGUAUGAUAUUUGACAUGUUU